GAGAGAGUGAGGAGGGACUGAAAGGAGAAAGAGAGAAGAGAUGGAGAAAGGAGAGAGAGAGCAAGAGAGGGAAAGAGUGAGAGCGGGUGAGUAAAGAGAGAGAGUCAAAUUAGAGAGAGAGAAGUGAGAGAGUGAGCGCAGGAUGCAGGGUGCUUGGCGCCGAGUAUCAGCUCAGUCAGUCUGACACUGAGGCAUGCUGGGAGAAUCGACGCCGGCAGAAAGGAGCAAAAAAAACAACUGGAAUAAAAAGAAGCUUCCAGCUCUUCUUCUGUCUGUCGAGCUGCUUGGAUUAAAAUCCCACAAACAGGACAAACAGGAGGAGGCUGAAGCAGGAGGGGGGGCUGGAGGGGGUGUUAUUGCGACAGUGUGCACUAGCCGGCGGAUGCUGGCGUGCGCGUGGAGCAUCAACACGUCGUCCCUGCUGGAUUGUGACCUGGAGGAGUUGGACUGGAGACCUUCUCCUCCUGCCGUUGUGCCGUCGCUCUCUCGGUUUUUGUUCUGCGGUUUUGUGUGAGCCGGGACUACGGAUGUCCUUCCUGUUGGGGGCAGAUGGAUCUCAUCAGCAGUGACGGCCAUCGUGCAGCAUUUCCCACAAUGCUGCAGUUGUGAGUCAACAGACCCCACUGAUUGAAUCAUCGAGCAGCCAUAACACUGGACCCCGGGUCACGUGUUCCUCAGAGGUGCUUGUGAGAUUUUUUUCCCCAUGACAGUGGAUGUAAUUUGAAAAAACAUUUCACCACUUCCUCUCAUUAUGGCAACUUGUGAAAGGUGACAUGGGGCUUGUUCUACCAUGUAGCUCCAGCAGCCUAUGGAAGCGGCCCGCUAACUCGUCUCCAAAUGCUCGCACUCGGCCAUUUUUAAUGAGCUGCUGGAUAUGUAAAGACAAACACGGACCCCAAGCGCUGAAACAAAAAGACAUCUGUUAAGCUGACGGAGGCGUUCUGAAGCGCCACUGGCUCCUUAUCAGACUGCCGCUUCCAAUGUUCAGCUUUUAUCUUUGCCGUUCUUAGUAAUCAUUUUUUUAAUUAAUGGCAACGGUGGCGUUAAAUCUUCCUCACCCUCCUUUUCCCGCCACCAGAGACACCUGAAACUAAUUACCAACAGCAGAUCUAGACGGCGAUGGCAGCCAGACAAAGCUGUUGAGGAGUUAACAAAAUUCUGUCAGUCAUUUUGAACCACCAGUAAGAGGGAGGAACAAGGUGGCGACAUGGUGAGAUCAGAGCAGCAGGUGACAGCGAGCGUAACAACUGGUUGUCAAACAGCAGGAAAUGUCAACCACACAACUCUAAUGUUUUGACUGACAGGCCAGUUGGAGCCAGUGGGCGAGUAAGGAAAAACAGACAAAAAAAGAGAGUGAGAGAAAGAGAUUCUGGGUGUUUGGAGAAUAUGAUUAUGUCUCACUGCUGGAAAAGCAGGAAGGAUGAAGGAACAGGUACCAUCCAUGCACACCGCUAUCCCCAAAAUUGACUUUGUUUUCCCAAAAGACAACCUUCCUGCCCGUCUUCUGCUGUUUCAGCUGCUUCCUGUUUGCCCCAGUGUGGACUUUGUUCUCAUCCCCUCUAGCGCCCACAACCUCCAGUGUGAGAUAAAAGCAUAAAGAAAAAAGGAAGGGGCCGAGUGCCGUCCCUGUAGCAUCUCCUCCUGGGAGUUUUGGCCUCUCUCUCCUCCCGUAGCGGAUCCUACGCUCAUCCUUCUAUCUUGGACUCUGUUGAGACUACGCCGACUUCCAUCCAAGGGAGUCUUUUGAUAUCAGCUCCCGGUGUCGCCAUCUUCAUUCUGUGGCGGUACAGGCAGCCAGUAGACCGUUCUCCAUGAGGAGCAGUGGAAGAUGCCGGCUCUGCCAGCGCUGCUGCUGUCGAUUUAUGUUGUAAUCUUGCUGCUGACCAUGGCACCGCUGUUCUUCAACCAGGCCAACACCCUCUCUGCUGUUCGGAUGGCGGCCAUGUUGGACGGCCAGCCAUUGUGUGGGCGUGGUGAGCGCCUGGCACUGGCUCUGGCGAGGGAGAACAUCAACAGUCUGAUGGAGGAGUCUUCUCAGGCCAGAGUGGAGGUGGACGUCUACGAGCUGCAGAGGGACUCCCAGUACGAGACCACAGACACCAUGUGCCAGAUUCUACCAAAGGGUGUGGUGGCAGUCAUUGGCCCCGCCUCCAGCCCUGCCUCUGGAUCCACCAUCAGUCACAUUUGUGGGGAGAAAGAGAUUCCUCACGUGAAGAUCGGUCCAGAGGAAACCCCCAAGCUGCCGUACCUUCGCUUCGCCUCAGUUACGCUCUAUCCGAGUAACGAGGAUCUGAGCGGCGCUGUGGGAGCUGUCCUACGGUCCUUCGGCUUCCCGACCACCAGUCUGAUCUGCGCCAAAGCAGAAUGCCUCCUGCGGUUGGAAGAACUGGUCCGCCGCUUCCUCAUCUCAAGGGAGACGUUGUCUGUUCGCAUGCUGGACGACAGUCUAGACCCCACGCCCUUACUAAAAGAGAUCCGGGAUGACAAAGUGGCCACCAUCAUCAUUGAUGCCAAUGCCUCCAUCUCCUACCACAUUCUCAGAAAGGCGAACGAACUCGGGAUGACGUCGUCCUUCUACAAGUACAUCCUGACCACCAUGGACUUCCCCCUGCUGCAGAUGGAUGAUGUGGUGGAUGAACAGUCCAACAUUGUCGGUUUCUCCCUGCUGAACACCAGCCACUCGUUCUACCUGGAGUUUAUCCGAAGCCUCAACCUGUCAGGGAGGGAAGGCUGCAGGAUCAGCCUGUACCCCGGGCCGGCGCUGUCGUCAGCGCUGAUGUUUGAUGCGGUUCACGUGGUGGUGAGCGCCGUGCGAGAGCUGAACCGCAGUCAAGAGAUUGGAGUGAAACCGCUGAGCUGCACCUCACCGCUUAUCUGGCAACACGGAACCAGCCUCAUGAACUACCUACGCAUGGUGGAGUAUGAUGGACUGACCGGUCACAUAGAGUUCAACAGCAAAGGCCAGAGGACCAAUUACAGCCUGAAGAUCCUGGAGAAACACCCUGGGGGCCAUAAAGAGAUUGGUACCUGGUUUUCCAACAACACGUUGGCCAUGAACUCCACUUCACUGGACCUCAACACGUCAGAGACCCUGAUCAACAAGACGCUAAUCGUCACCACCAUCCUGGAAAACCCGUAUGUGAUGCGUAAGUCCAACUAUCAAGACUUACAGGGCAAUGAGCGGUACGAGGGUUUCUGCGUGGACAUGCUGCGAGAGCUCUCUGACAUCCUGAAGUUCUCCUUCAAGAUCAAACUGGUGGAUGAUGGACUGUAUGGGGCCCCGGAGCCAAACGGCAGCUGGACCGGCAUGGUGGGCGAGCUAAUCAACCGGAAAGCUGACCUGGCCGUCGCUGGUUUCACCAUCACCUCAGAAAGAGAGAAGGUCAUUGACUUCUCCAAACCCUUCAUGACUCUGGGGAUCAGCAUCCUGUACCGGGUCCACCUGGGUCGUAAACCGGGUUAUUUCUCCUUCCUGGACCCGUUCUCACCUGCAGUUUGGCUCUUCAUGCUGUUGGCUUACCUCGCUGUCAGCUGUGUCCUCUUCCUCGCCGCCAGACUCAGCCCAUAUGAGUGGUUCAACCCUCACCCAUGCCUGCGGGAACGUCGGGACUUCUUGGAGAACCAGUACACGCUGGGAAACAGCUUGUGGUUCCCCGUGGGUGGCUUCAUGCAGCAAGGUUCAGAGAUCAUGCCCCGAGCGCUUUCCACCCGCUGCGUCAGCGGCGUCUGGUGGGCUUUUACUCUGAUCAUCAUCUCAUCCUACACGGCCAACCUGGCAGCAUUUCUGACUGUCCAGAGAAUGGAGGUUCCCAUUGAGUCACCAGAUGACCUGGCUGACCAAACCAACAUCCAGUAUGGUACCAUCCAUGGUGGCUCUACCAUGACCUUCUUCAUGAAUUCCCGGUACCAGACAUACCAGCGGAUGUGGAACUACAUGUACUCCAAACAGCCCAGUGUGUUUGUGAAAAGCACCGAGGAGGGCAUCGCCCGCGUCCUCAACUCCAAGUACGCCUUCCUGAUGGAGAGCACCAUGAAUGAGUACUACCGCAGACUCAACUGCAACCUGACGCAGAUCGGCGGGCUGCUGGACACCAAAGGAUACGGCAUCGGCAUGCCUCUGGGUUCUCCGUACAGAGAUGAGAUCAGUCUGGGAAUCUUACAGCUGCAGGAGAGCAACAGGCUGGAGAUCCUGAAGAGGCGCUGGUGGGAGGGGGGCCAGUGUCCCAAAGAGGAGGACCACAGGGCCAAAGGGCUUGGGAUGGAGAACAUUGGAGGGAUCUUUGUGGUCCUGAUCUGUGGCCUCAUCAUCGCCGUGUUUGUGGCCAUCAUGGAGUUUGUUUGGUCGACACGGCGCUCUGCAGAGACGGACGAGGUUUCUGUGUGUCAGGAAAUGAUGUCAGAGUUUCGAAACGCCAUCUCCUGUAAGAAAAGUUCACGCUCGCGUCGCCGCCGGCCUCUGAGCGCUGUUGGAAGCGGGAUCCUGCGUCAUCCUUCUCGCCUUGCGCUGGCGGCUCCACGACCAAUCCGCUUCGUACGCGAGAUGCGCCUCAGCAACGGCAAACUAUACAGCGGCUCUGGUCCGCUGACUGGGGGGAUGGCGGGACUAGGAGGGGGUCUCGGUGGAGUGGCCGAUUUGGGCCCCGGACCACAGAGGCUCCUGGAGGACCCGCUCGGCGCUCGUGCCUCUGCUAGUACACAACCUUCUCCUCCUCCUGUCUUGGUUGCUCCUGCGGCUCCACCACGGAGCUUCCUGCAAAGCUGUAGCCACGUGCGCAUCUGCCAGGAGUGUCGGCGGAUCCAAAGCCUACGACCCACCACCCUAACGCCUCCCCCUCCUCCUCCCCCGUCAUUAUCAUCCUCUGCCUCCUCGUGCUCCAGGAUCCCGCCGGCUCUUCCGGGCCACCACCAGCGCCACAACCCACGUUUUCACCUUCAUUAUCAUCGCGGCUCGAUGUCACUUCCCCGUUUGCCACCGCCACCUCCCCCAAGUCUGUCCGACAGAGCUGACAGCGAUGGGGGAGGAGGGACAGCGAGCCCAAGGCGAGCUAAACCAGCACCACCACCAAGGCCGCUUCCCCCAAACAAGACACCAUCACACACACCAACAGACCUCGUGGCAGGGAAGGACUGAGCUGAGGAAUGACAUUCAGGCUCUCAUCAGACGGGUCAAAGGUCAUGGUCUCUGUGAGGCGCCUGCAAACUUUAUUUUAUACUGACACAGCUGGAUCAGACCAAACUGGCCUUCAGCAGGGAGGAGUGGAUGAAACCAUUUUGAACCACA